AAGAUUGGUGUGAAAGUGUCGCGCGUCAGAGUAGGUCACGCGCCGGGGUAUAAAGCGGGCUGCGCGCCGCCGCAGCCUUUAGUAAGCCAGUGUGCCGCCAGCCCUCAGCAUCAGCAUGCUCCGCCUGUGCGUCUUAGUGCUCGCCGCCGCCGCCGCGGUUACCGCCCAGGAGAGCUUCAAGUGUCCGGACGACUACGGAUUCUACCCACACAGUCGGUCGUGCGACAAAUACUGGAAAUGUGACAACGGCGUCGCGGAGCUGAAGACGUGCGGCAACGGACUGGCUUUCGACGCCACCGACUCAAAGUUCCUCACCGAGAACUGCGACUAUAUCCACAACGUCGAGUGUAACGAGCGCACGCAACUCGAACCACCAAUCAGCGCACCUCACUGCCCGCGCCUGUACGGAAUCUUCCCCGACGAGGCCAAAUGUGACGUCUUCUGGAACUGCUGGAGUGGAGAAGCAAGCCGCUACCAGUGCUCACCGGGACUCGCAUACGACCGUGAUGCGCGUGUCUGCAUGUGGGCCGACCAAGUGCCAGAAUGCAAGAUCGAAGAAGUGGCGAACGGAUUCAACUGCCCGGCGCCAGGAGAACUAGCGAACGCGGGAUCUUUCUCGAGGCACGCUCAUCCCGAAGACUGCCGAAAAUACUACGUCUGCUUGGAGGGCGUGGCUCGCGAGUACGGAUGUCCCAUCGGCACUGUCUUCAAGAUCGGAGACUCCGACGGCUCGGGCAACUGUGAGGACCCUGAAGAUGUUCCCGGAUGCGAGGACUACUACGGAGACCUGGACCUGAAGAGCAUCCGCAAGAGCGAGCUGCUGGCGGGCCUGAACAACGGCAGCGGCGGCAGCAGCGGCGGGUCGUCCAGCCGCUCGGGAGGCCAGCCCAAGGCGGGCAAGCCGAGGCCGCCCGCGCCGGGCGUCGCCGGCCGGCCCUCCGACGCCGCCUAAGCGCACCGCUCCCUGUCCUCACUCGUACCCCAUCCCCACACCCGGCGCCUGCCCCGCAGCCGCCGUCGCCACUCCGACUCUGGUACGCCACACUCCACAGCGGUCUCUCUGUUCUCUGCGCUUCGAAACUGUUUCACAGUCGGAAGCUCGUAGAGUCUUCACUGUCCCUGCAACUACACUUUUGAAAAAUACUACACCCGACAUCCAAAACCGAGUACCCCCCUAUUUGUACCCGACGAACAGUUUCGCAGAUGUCCUCCCUCUCCCCUUAUAAACUCGUAAAUUUGUCCAUCUCCUUUUGAUGUCAUAUUUCUUAACAACAUUCACUUACCCACAAAUAAGACUCCGAUAAAAUUUCAGCGCCUGGAAAAUGGGUACGUAGCAUUAAACUGACUUCUUAAUUCGGCAUUUGCCUUCUCGGGUGACGGCAAUGUUCGGCACCAACUCCUAAGAACAAAAAGACUCCCGCUAACACGAAAUUAUCCUUUGCUACUGAACUUCUCUGAUGGAUGAAAACUACUCUGGCAUUUACUCUUUUACAUUCUUCUGGGCACUGUCCAUUUACUGUUUCAUUCUUCCGGGCACUGUCCUAACUUGUACACUUCUUAAAACUAUCAUUAAAAACCUGGUUUGUGAACGCAUUCAUUUUGAAAAAAAAAAAAAAAAAAGAAAA